AUGGGUUGACACUUAACCACCGAGCCACAGCAGCCGGGCAAAGCUGCAUUUAUAAGCCUCCCAUAUAUCUAAGCGUGGCACUAACUUCUGGCCAAUAAAAUAUAAACAAAUGUUGGGUAUGAAUUUUGGGAAAUACCCUUAGAAGGAGGACAAGCCCUUCUUUAUCUCUCCCUUCUCUCCUGGCUAGAAUGUACACAUGGUACCUGGAGCUUGAACAGCCAUCUUGGGACAUGAGGAACACGCUCAGGAGAAGGAACAGGAAUUUAGAAGAAAGUUGGCUCCCUAGAAUUUGUAGGGCUGACAUCACAGCUCUUGAUGCAAGAGAAAAAUAACCUGCACUUAUAAUUAAGCCACUGUCAUUUUUGGUCUCAGUUAUUCAUAGAAAAACCUCAUCCUAACUAAUUCAAUUGGUAUUCUCUGGGGCUUUAUUUCUGGGUGGUUAUGAAUAUAAGUUUUGCUUUAAUGUUUUUAAUUUUUUUUUUUUUUUUUAGCGAGAGGAGGAGAGAGAGAGAGAGAGAGAGAGAGAAAAACAUCAGUGUGAGAGAGAAACAUCAAUCUAUUGCCUCCUUACACUCCCAGACCUGCGAUGGACUGGGAAUCAAACCUGCCACCUUUUCGUGUAGGAAAUGACACGCCAAGUAACUGAGUCACACUGGCCAGGGCAUGAAUGUAAGUUUUUAAAGUAAUUUCUUGUUAAGACUAAAUUCCUUUUUAUUUCUACGUCUCUAUGUUCCAUUACUGGUUUCUGUUCAAGGGUACACUGUGCUAUGUUUUUCCUAUACCUAUAUACCUAUGAUGAAGUUUAACUUAUAAAUUAGGCACAGCAGGAGAUGAACAACAAUAACUAGUAAUAGAAAAAGAACAACUGUAAUGAUAUAACGAGAUAAAAGUUACAUGAAUGUGGUCUUUCUCACUUUUUUACUUAGAGGAAGCACUGUACAGCUUCUCUUCGGUGUAUCCAAAUUGCCAGCAUCACUAGUCCUGUGCUCUGGGGCCAUCAAGUAAAAUAAGGUGACCUGAACACAAGCACUGCAACUCUGAGACACUCAACCUGAUAAUGGAGAUGGCUACUAAAGUGCGGCCGAGUGCUCAUGCAAUUCCUGGUAGGCACGGAUGUCAAAGAAGGCGAGUGGCCCUGGCAGGUGAGCCUGAGGGUCAACGGCACCCACGUGUGUGGAGGCUCGCUCAUCGCGCCGCAGUGGGUGCUGACCGCCGGCCACUGUAUUUUCAGCCGUGAGCAGUACAGUGUCAAGAUGGGAGAUCUGAGUGUCUAUGAGACAGUCAUGAGUGUGGUUGUGCCCGUCAAAAAAAUCGUUAGCUACCCUCAGUUCUCGACACGUGGAGCCAUUCGACAUGACCUUGCCCUGCUCCAGCUUGUCUACCCUGUAAAGUUCACGAUGACCAUCCAGCCUGUGUGCAUCCCUCAGGAGACCUUCAAGGUGGAAGAUGGGGCCAGGUGCUGGGUGACCGGAUGGGGCAGGAAAGAAGAAUUUGGCCCUCCACUUCUUUCAAAUACUCUCCAGAAGACCGACCGAUACAUCGUCUGCUCUGAAUCAUGUAAUCAUUUGCUCCAGAUGUCCAUACCAACCAGUGAGGAUAUGGUUCUGGAAGGAAUGCUCUGUGGCUAUAAAGGUGCAGGAAAGGAUUCUUGUCAGGGAGAUUCCGGGGGCCCCCUGGUCUGUCAGUAUAAUGACACAUGGGUCCAGAUGGGGAUUGUGAGCUGGAGCGUCAACUGCGGUCAGGGAAACUUGCCUGGCGUUUAUACAGACACUGCUAUCUAUGCUAAAUGGAUAGCUGCUGUGGUGAGCCGGGCUGCCUCCGCGUAUCCAAUGCUGUUCAUCAUUCCCCUGGGCAUCCUGGUGACCCUGUGAUCACCACAGCACGCUCUCCUCCUGCUUCUGAGUCACCCCCGAGGCCUUUCAUCCCACUUCCCACUCCUCAGCGCCCUGCCCUCACAUUCCCAUUGGGACCCACUGACCCUGUGGAGAGCCACGCAACAGAGAGCAGAAGCAAGACUGCAGUCUCCAAAGUGUCCUGGCCUGGUGCUCCAGUCCCCUGCCUGCAACUGCUGGGAGGGAGAGGUGAAACCGCGCCAGCUCGAGGGCCAGCUGACCUGCCAGGUGGAGCAGGUGCUGCGUGGACAGCUUGGAGAACGUCUACCAAGGAAGAGACGUCAUCAGCGGUGCACACCCUUAGACCUGGGUGGUUUCAGGCUCUCAGCUGACAGUUGGUCAAACCAGUCGGCUUGGUGAUUGUCCAGAGAGAGUGAGGGAGGUGUCCCCCUGUCCCUGCCAUGGUGUGAUUUCCACAGGGCUCAGUUGUCUGGGGAGAAGUUCCCUGUACCCCAGUGUGGAACCACCUGUGAGUGGCCAGCCUCUGGCAGUGCCCUGAUGGCUACAUCCAGGCUCGCCCCAUGUUGUGUUGAGACAUGAAGGAGUGCGGAGAUUUCUGACAUCAGUUGAUUAAACGUUUGGAGGGUG